AUGAGUAAAAAGGAGGGGGAUAGCCUUGAUGCUUUGUGUUUCCCUAAUGCAGAAGAUUAUCAAAACGAGUUUGAUACAACCAAAUAAGUACUUUUGGGAUCGGGAUCUUAUGGCUAAGUUUAUAAAAUGACAUUUAAAUCGAACCCUUCAUAGAAUUGUGCAGUAAAAAUAGUUCAGUGUAUUAAGUAAGAAUGUUUUAUAUUAUAGUAAAAAAUCAUAUGAUUCAGCAUUAAAGGAGGUUUAAUUGAACAGACAAAUUAACAUUCAUCCCAACAUUAUAUAUUUUGACAAAAUCUAUGCCUGGUCUGAAACCAUUCCAGUCUAGAAAUAUUUUUUGGUGUUUCAAAUGAAAUUGGCUACGGGCAGUUUGAAGGAUCUAAAAGAUGAUGAAAUAAAAGCCAGCAGAAAAACAUUUAAUGGUAUAUAUAUGCCUUCAAAAUUUGUAGAAACAACCUUCUUAAAUAUUGUCAAUCAAUUAUUAUAAGCAUUUCUCUUCCUACAAUAGAAGGAACUAUAUCAUAGAGAUAUCAAGCCAGAGAAUAUCCUCUACGAGAAGGAGAACGAAAAAGUUGUAGCACGAAUUGCUGAUUUUGGUGUUAGCAAAGCAUUGGAGCAUUUCAAAAACAAUGUUAAAAAUACUCUUGUUGGAACACCUCUGUAUUUAUCACCAAAAUUGUGGGAAGCCUACAUAAAUGGCUAAUACAAUGAUGUUAAGUAUUAUGUUUACAUUAUCCCUCAAGACAUAAUUUAGAAAAGUCAGACGUAUUUUCCUUAGGAGUUACACUCAUACAAACGUAUUUGUUGUUACAAGAUCAUGAUAUAUCUGGUCUCAAUGAUUAAAAAUAAAACAAAAUCCCUAUUAUAAUAUAAAAGAUCUAUCAUGACAAAAUCAAAGAACUGUUGACAGGAAUGCUUAACUAUGACGAAAAAUCCAGAUUCACUUGGCAAUAGGCAUACAAUUGUCUUAAUGGAAUUGAUAGGAUUAAUGGGAGCUUAGAGCAGAAUUAAGGCGGAGGCAGUCUCUAAAAUAAAGAAAAACAUUAUGUUGUACACAUUCCUUAUGAAAAAACCAUCAUGAAUAAAUCACAAUCAAUAAAAUUGAGAAAAAUAAAUUAGAUCUACUGUUAAGAAUUGAAUGAAAUCACAAAAGGGUAAAUUGCUGAUAGUUAAGGCAUUAUCGUAUUCAGUGAUAAUUACUUUAGUGAAAUCAAUUUUGAAGGGGUAGCCAUCUAAAAAAGACAAAUUUAAAGUAUUAUUAAUCUAUUAUUUUUUAGACAUCAAAUGUGUAUGUUUGACUGAAUAACCAAGAAAGAUAAUAGGAUUAUUUGAAAACAAUACAAUCUAGAUCUUGGACGAUGAGAUGAGUUAACCAUUUAGUUUGGAUUCAGCUCCAUAAGAAAUUAAUGUGAUUUGCUAGAUGAGAGAUUCAAAUGUUCUUUUUGGGUUUAGUAAUGGAGAGGUGCAAGUACUGCAGCUUCUCGAAAAAUCGUUAAAAGUAUUAAAUACAUUGAAGGAUCAUACUGCUUAGAUUAAUUUAAUCUAUUUUGAUAAACUCAAUCAAUUGUUAAUCACAUCUGACAGUUCUCGAAUAUUAAGUGUUAGAUUUUUAUUUAAUAAUAAAUUGUAGAUAUUUCUUAUUACCAAUUAGCUCUUAUCUAAAAUUAGAUUAUGUAGCACAACAUGUGGAACUAUUGAGUGACACUUAAAUUGUGGUCAAUGGAUAAAGAUUGAAUGAAAUUUUAAUUUUGCAUAUUUCUCAUUUUUAAAAAGAACCUGGAAUUAAACUAGAAGUUAAAUAAACCUUAUAUCUACAAACUGGAUGUGUAUUAUCCUUAAUUAAUUUAAGUGAAAAAUGCUUAUUUGUAUCAACUGAGAAAGAAAUAAUUAUUUAUGAUUUAAAAUCAAUUCAAUAAGACUCAGGACACCUUUUCAAUAAUUAAAUGCAGUAAACAUUUUAUUACUGUAAUUGGAUAAGAGAGCGUGGAUACUUGAUUACCAAUGAUGGAUAGCGAAUAAUGAAAUGGGAAAUUGAUUAUGAAAAAACCCAAUUAUUUGGGACAAAUCUGGUUAAACCUUAAACAAAGAAGUGUUGUUGUUGUGAACGUUGCUCUAUAAUGUGA